CAGUAGCAUACAGGAUUUAUUGGGUUAGAGCUGCUUCAUGCUGAAAUGGUUCUAAUUACUGAGAAGAAGGUUCAUGUUCCCUUUUCUGGAAUGCUCAAUUCAAUUGCUUGUAUUAUUACUUGCAUUUCUUGAAGUUAAAUUGUGAUACACCAAAGAAAAGUGGAAAGGGAAGGAAAGCCAAGCAUUCUAUUUAAGAUUGGGCAUAUAUGGCAGCUUUAUUUGAUACACAAUGGAGUUCAGUUCAAAGGGUUUUGUGUUUUGAAAAGUGCAAAACUGGGUGCUAACUAAUUCCUGUGCCAGAAAGGAAUCCAAAAUCACCCAGAUUCAGAAACUAUCUUAUUUGGGAUAGUGGGGUGUUAAUUAGCUGCCUUAGAUAGCAUCGAUCAGUUGCUGGAUACAUAUCAACAUGACAAGUGUUGUUGACGAGUAUCAGCAAGGAUUCAAUGUUUUGGAAUUUAAAUAUCGCCUUGUCUUUCACUUUGGUGUGGGUCAAAAUGGAUUUUGUGAUGGGAGGUAGUGGGAAUUCUGGUGAUGAACAAGAAGCUUCGCAUGCUCAAAAGGGGAAGAAGGCAUAUCAUCGCCACACUGCUCAUCAAAUUCAGACUCUUGAAGCAUUCUUCAAGGAGUGCCCCCAUCCAGAUGAAAACCAGCGACGCCAAUUGAGUAGGGAACUUGGUUUGGAAGCUAAACAGAUCAAAUUUUGGUUUCAAAACAAGAGGACUCAGUCAAAGGCACAGCAUGAGAGAGCAGAUAACUCAGUCCUGCGUGCAGAGAAUGAAAGGAUUAGUUGUGAAAACCACGCAAUCAGAGAGGCAUUAAAGAAUGUCAUUUGUCCUGCAUGUGGAGGUCCUCCGUUUGGAGAAGAAGAACGUCAGCAUAGCCUGCAGAAACUGCAACUUGAAAAUGCCCACUUGAAAGAAGAGCAUGAAAGGGUCUCCAACCUUCUUGCCAAGUAUAUAGGCAGGCCAAUUUCACAAAUUGAUUUGUUGGCACCAGUGCCAGCAUCCUCAAUGGAUUUACUACCAACAAGUGUCUCCAAACCAGGAAUGCAAAACCCACUCCUUGAUCUUGAUUUAAAUCCGGGAAUUUCAGGCAAUGCUACAUUACCUUGCCAAUUUAAUGGAAUCACGGAUAUGGAAAAGGCACUUAUGUCAGAAACUGCUGCCAGUGCUGUGGAUGAAUUGAUCAGGCUUUUGAGAAUUAAUGAACCUUUGUGGGUCAAGUCCCAGACAGAUGGAAGAUAUGUUAUCCAAAGAGAUAGCUAUGAGAAAAUUUUCCCUAGGGCUAAUCAUUUUAAAAGUUCAACUGCUCGGUUUGAGUCAUCAAAAGACUCAGGAUUGGUGAGCAUGAGUGCAAUGCAAUUGGUUGACAUGUUUCUAGAUUCGGACAAAUGGGUGGAUCUUUUCCCCACAAUUGUUACAAAAGCUAAGACAAUUCAAAUACUUGAAGAUGGGAUGAUAGGAAACAAGAGUGGUUGUCUGCAGCUGAUGUACGAACAAAUGCAUAUUCUUUCUCCUCUAGUGCCACCUCGGGAAUUCUACUUCCUUCGCCACUGUCAGCAAAUUGAGGCAGGAGUGUGGGUAGUCAUGGAUGUUUCUUAUGACUUCCUAAAAGUGGUUUCCCGCUCUUGGAAGCUUCCUUCUGGAUGCAUGAUUCAGGACAUGCCUAAUGGGUGUUCAAAGGUUACUUGGAUUGAACAUAUUGAAGUUGAUGAUAAAUCCCAGACUCAUCGUCUCUAUAGAGACCUCAUAUGCGGUAGUGCUGCAUAUGGAUCUGGACGCUGGGUUAUUUCACUUCGAAUGAUGUGUGAGAGACUAGCAUUCUUAGCAGGGGAAAGUGCACCUAGUCAUGAUUUUGGAGGAGUGAUUACAAUGCCUGAGGGAAGGAGGAACACAAUCGAGCUUGCCCACAGGAUGGUCAAAAGUUUUUGCUCAAUCUUGAGCAUGUCAGGUAAAUUGGAUUUUCCUCAACUAUCUGAGGUGAACAAUAGUGGGGUGCGAGUUUCUGUUCGUAAGAGUACAGAAGCAGGACAACCCAAUGGAAUGAUUGUCAGUGCUGCUAGCUCUCUUUGGCUUCCACUUCCACAUGAGAGUGUAUUUAGUUUUUUCAGGGAUGAAAAAAUGCGAGUUCAGUGGGAUGUGCUCUCAUGUGGAAAUCCUGUCAGUGAGAUUGCACACAUCUCAACCGGUUUCAACCCCGGGAACUUCAUUUCCGUUAUUAGGCCUUUUGUCCCAACUGAAAGCAACAUGGUGAUCCUCCAAGAGUGCUCCACAAACUCACUGGGAUCCUUGGUAAUCUAUGCUCCGACAGACAUACCAGCUAUGAAUGCAGCAAUAAGCGGUGAGGACCCUUCAAAGAUACCCAUGCUUCCAUCAGGUUUCAUAAUCUCUGGUGAUGGACGUCCAGACACCGGAGGCAGCACUUCAACUAGUGCAAAUGUUGCCCCGUCUGGUGGCUCGCUUCUCACAGUGGCUUUCCAGAUAUUGGUUUCUAGCCCUCCAUUGUCAAAGGAGCUGAACAUGGAAUCUGUGGCAACUAUCAAUACUCUCAUAAGCUCUACUAUUCAGAGGAUAAAGGCUGCUUUGAGAUGCUCUAAUUUAGACUGAGUUGUUAGUUGUUAGACUCCGAGCUCAAAUGUCAACUUCUCGUCGGCUUCUCUUGCUGCUCUACCAUGUCAAACCUCCUUAUGCGUGCUUACACAUUCUUGAUGUCAAAGGUUAAAAACUAUACCAAUUUAGGCUUUGUUGAAGUUUGUAAUAUAAAAAAACAAAAAGUAUUAUGCAAUGCAAAUUGUCUUAAAUUAUAUAACAUAAAUUAUUAGAUGGGAU